AUGAUUGUUAUAAAUACAUAUGUUUUACAUCGACGUGAAGAAUAUUGGCCUAAUGCACUUGAAUUUGGUCAUAAACGAUGGAUGCAUGAUACAGCCACUAAUCUCAAACCAAAAUUAGCUCAUCCAUUUGCUGCAGGACCAAGAAAUUGUAUUGGACAAAACUUUGCUUUGCUUGAAGUUAAAGUUAUUCUAGCUAUGUUUAUACAACGUUGCACGUUCGAAUUAGUUCCUGGUCAAAUAAUCGUACCUGAACAGAAAGGAGUAACUAUGUCACCUAAGUAUGGAAUGUUAGUUAAUUUGAAAAAAAGAAAUUUUUGA